GAGGUAACUGUUUUUUUCUUCUCUCCUCGAGCCGUCUGUCUUCCAUGACACUCAGAAAGUGAACUUCAGCGAACAAUCCUGAAACUUGAACGCGAGAACUUUUCUUAAAGUCUGUCAAACUUUGUUCAGGAAGCCGCCACGUACGCCAACGUCGACGCGCACGCAAGCGCCCGUGGUGGGUACGCGCACAUCGAGCAGCGCGAGGCGAGCGUGGACAGAGAUGUAGUGUGUGUGGCCCAUCAUGCACUUCUUCCUGCUGCUCAUCCUUCACGCCGCAGCAGCCGUCGCACAAGUCGACCCAGCACACUGUCGCUAUGCCCUGGGCAUGGAGGAUGGGCGGAUCAAGGACGAUGACAUCACAGCUUCCAGCCAAUGGCACGAGACCACAGGACCGCAGUACGGCAGGUUGAACCGCGAGGACGGCGACGGUGCCUGGUGUCCUGAAGGCCAACUGGAAGCUUCCGAUUCUCAGUUCCUGCAGGUGGACUUGCGUCGUUUGACCUUUCUGACGGUGGUGGCUACUCAGGGACGCUACGCCCGCAACGGCAUCGAGUUUGCGCGAGCGUACAGCCUAAACUACAGCAGAGACGGAGUCGUUUGGAAGUCAUGGAAAAACCGCCUGGGAAGCACGGUAAUGGAAGGCAACAAGAACGCAUACGCGCCCGUCAUCAACGACCUUCACCCUCCGGUGGUGACACGCUGGGUGCGCUUGAUUCCGCUCACUGAGCUAUCCACCGUCUGCAUGCGGGCGGAGCUGUACGGCUGCCCCUGGGAUGACGGUCUGAUUUCGUACAGCGCUCCCGAAGGGCAGCUGAUGACGCAGCUAGGCCUUCCCACCGCCGUCCUCAACGACUCCACCUACGACGGCACCCACCAGAAGAGGAAGUUGUCCGGCGGUCUGGGCCAGCUGACGGACGGCGUGAUUGGGCUGGACGACUUUCUGUUGACUCGUCAGUACCACGCGCGGCCAGGGUACGACUAUCUGGGCUGGAGGAACGUCUCCGUGGGAGCAGACCAGAGCGUGGAGAUGGAUUUUGUUUUUGAUCGGCAGAGGAACUUCACAUCAAUGAAGGUCCACAGUAACAACAUGUUUUCCCGUGGUGUGAAGAUCUUCUCAUCAGUGUCGUGCUGGUUUAAGCCCCGGCCCUUGUCCAUGUGGGAGGCCGAGCCUGUGGUAUUCCACACGGUCCUGGACGACCGGAACCCAAGCGCUCGAUACGUGACCGUGCCGCUGGAGCGCCGCGCUGCCACCGCGCUCCGUUGUCGCUUUUCCUUUGCAGACACCUGGAUGAUGUUCAGCGAGGUUUCCUUCCAGUCGGAAGAUGCAUCGAUGGCGGUGACUCCGCCGUCCGUCAGCGAUUCCAGCACGGUCCCGUCCAUAUCGGCCGCCGACCCGUCUGCCAGUGUAGCGCCCGGCAACAGUAACGCGCCCAUCCUGAUUGGCUGCCUGGUGAGCAUCAUCCUGCUGCUGGUCAUCAUCAUCUUCCUCAUCCUGUGGUGUCAGUACGUGUGUAAAGUUCUGGAGAAGGCUCCCCGCAGGAUCCUGGGGGAGGAGAUGACGGUACGGCUGUCAUCCUGCAGCGACACCAUCAUCCUGCAAACCCCACCUGUGCCCCCCCGCGCUGGCCUGGUCCAGUCGGACCCCCACUAUGAGCGAGUCUUCCUAUUGGAUCCUCAGUACCAGAACCCUGAGGCACUCCGGAACAAACUGCCUGAACUCUCGCAGAGCGCCGAAGCCUCAGCGUGCGGCGGCGGCUAUGCCGAGCCCGACGUGACACAGUGCACGCCGCACCAGUGUUUCCAUAGCAACGCGCCGCACUACGCCGAGACGGACAUCGUGCGUCUGCAGGGUGUGACGGGCAGCAACAUGUACGCCGUGCCUGCCCUCACCGUCGACUCACUGACACGCAAGGACAUCUCCGCCUCCGAGUUCCCGCGGCAACAGCUGAUCUUCCGCGAAAAGCUUGGCGAGGGACAGUUCGGCGAAGUGCACCUGUGUGAGGCCCAGGGACUGGCCGGCUUUCUUGGCGAGGAGGAGGAGGAGGAUGAUGAAGGGGGUGCGGCUGGGCGGGACCAAAAUGGGCGCGCCACAUUGGUGGCAGUUAAGCAACUUAGGGCAGACGCCACAAGCCAGGCCAGGAACGACUUUCUGAAGGAGAUCAAGAUCAUGUCGCGGCUGAACGACGCCAACAUCAUCCGACUGCUGUGCGUGUGCGUGACGUCCGACCCGCUGUGCAUGGUGACGGAGUACAUGGAGAACGGAGACCUUAAUAUGUUCCUGUCGCAGCGUGAGAUGGAGAGCACGCUCACGCACGCCAACAACAUACCCUCCGUCAGCCUGGCGGACCUGCUGCACAUGUCCGUGCAGAUCUCUUCGGGCAUGAGAUACUUGGCCUCGCUGAACUUCGUGCACCGCGACCUGGCCACCAGAAACUGCCUGCUGGACCGCCGCCUCACUAUCAAGAUCGCCGACUUCGGGAUGAGCCGGAACCUCUACAGCAGCGACUACUACCGCAUCCAAGGCCGGGCCGUGCUGCCCAUUCGCUGGAUGGCCUGGGAGAGCAUCCUGCUGGGCAAGUUCACGACUUCCAGCGACGUGUGGGCGUUCGGGGUAACCUUGUGGGAGAUCUUCACGCUGUGCAAAGAGCAACCUUACAGCCUGCUGACGGACCAACAGGUCAUAGCCAACACUGGAGAGUUCUUCAGGAACCAGGGCAGACAGGUGUUCCUGUACGCUCCUCCGCUCUGCCCCCCCUCCCUCUUUGAGCUGAUGAUGCGUUGCUGGAGGCGAGACAUCCCGGACAGACCCUCCUUUGAGGGGCUCUACCAGGCCCUGAGGCCCCACGUCAACCAGUGACCCGGGACUACGACUCGGAGGACCUCCCCACAAGGCAAGAGGAGAUGAAUGGAAACAAAAAGUCUGGGGAGAAACAUUUCAAACUUUUUCCAACUUCUUUUCAACCAAACUUUUCAAAUCAUUUUAUAUUUUAUUUUGUACCUUUUUUUGGGUGUGGCUUUUUGGCCCUCAAAAACCAUCCUCUCAUCCCUGUGGUCCUUCUCAUCAAGAAAGCACUGUGUGUGUGUGCGUGUGUGUACGUUUGCGCGUGCGUGCUGUCCGUUAUUAGUACUUUCUGUUUGUCUUCUAAGCACACUGGAGCUCAGAGGAGGGUCAAAGUUUUAAGUUUCAUUUCAUCACUGUUGUUGUUGUCUUUGUGUAACACACGUGUUGUAGCAACACUUUCCACUUUAGACGUUCUUGCCAUCUCAAAUGUGGAACACGUGACCACAUUUAUUUGUAUUUGUGUCAAAUCAGAUCAUUUAUGAGCUAAGAACACGAAAAUGUUGUUUGUUUAGUGCAGCAAAUAUUACACUAACUCAUUCAAUAGUUGACAAAUGCAACAUGAUGCUAACCUUUUGUUAUUUUUAGUUCCAUUUCCUAGGCUUAUUCGCAACAGCAAAUCAAGUGUGACACUAACCUGUUGUUAGUCUGACUCCAUUUCUUAGUGCAGACUAGUGGUUAGCUUCACAGCUAGCUUGUUAACAGCGAUAAUUUGGCUAGCAUUAUUGCUAGCAUGUUAGCAGCGACUUGUUCAACAUUUCACUAACCCAUUCUUCUUCUUUGGCUUACUUUCCUUGCUCACACACUUGCUCAGGCUUCACCGCUAGCUGGUUAGCAACAACAAGUUCAACGAGACGCUAUUCCUAGCACACUCGCUAUCUCAGCCUAUUGGCUAGUUCCUUCACCGCUACAUAUUCAAUGUGAGUCUAUCAGGUUCUUGUGACCAUUAGCUCAAGCUAGUGAGUAGCAUCACAGCUCACUUGUUAGUAAUGACAAAUUCAAAACGUCAAAGUUUGACUUUUUGUUAAAACAAAUUGCCGGCUUUAAAGAACUAGCUAGAUGAUGUUAUAACACGCAUGUCCACAGUUUUCAAAAACAAAAAGUUAUUUGAUAGUGAACAUCCACUUUAAGCUCAGAGUCGACUACUGGAGUUUGUUGCAAAAAAAAUAAAAUGUUCCGAGUAGUAUCAGCUGCUAGCUCGCUUGCUAAGUGGAUAUCUUUCCUCCAUUGUGCAGUAAAAAUGUUCAAACAUUUAUUUAACAUAAAACGUCACCAUCAUCUUGACGUGAAAAAAAAUUAUUAGCAUUUUUUGAUGAUUUGUUUUGUUACACUUUUAUCCUAUUGUUACUUGUUUGUGUUUUUUUUUUACCAAUUUGGGGAUUCACGAGACCUAGGGUACAUUCUAAGCUUCAUGCUAAAUGUCAAGAAGCAAGAAAAACUUGAGUCGAGUCCAUUUCCCAGAAUGCUUUGCUUCAGUUUGUGCCCGAGAGAAUGCAACGAGAAGUGAUGCAAAACUGAGUGACUGUCUAACAAUCAGUUGUUUUCCUUAUUUAGAUUAUUUCCAGCUUCAUGUUAUGUGGGCCACCAUUUUUUUGUACAUAGACACUUUUAAUAUAUCACCACAAACUUUGUAAUCUGCCCUCUUUGUUUACUUCUUGAAUAAAUAAGUGGCCCACUCA